CGUAGAAAGGGAGGUUGUCCACGUUAUAGAAAUCAUUACAGGGAGUAAAACCCCAAAGGGAAGGAUCUCUAGGAUGGCUCCGGCCGAGUUGGAUGAACUUCGGCGACAACUGAAAGAGCUGACAGAGAAGGGAUGGAUCUGGCCGAGUACUUCCCCUUACGGAUCUCCUGUGUUAUUUGUACCGAAGAAGGGGGGUACAUUAAGGAUGUGCAUUGAUUAUAGAGGCCUCAAUGCCAUCACAGUGAAAAACGCAGAGCCUCUACCUCACAUAGACGACCUAUUGGAUAGGGUGCAGGGAUGCAAGUACCAUAGUAAGAUAGACUUAAAGUUCGGCUACCAUCAGAUCGCAAUAAGACCCGAGGAUCAGCACAAGACUGCUUUUCAGACCCGAUACGGUCUGUAUGAGUUUGUAGUGAUGCCCUUUGGCCUUUGCAAUGCGUCGGGUACAUUCCAGCACGCUAUGAAUAUGAUCUUUCAUGAUCACUUAGAUAAGUUUAUCGUUGUCUACUUGGACGAUAUUCUUAUCUUUAGUAAGUCUGUCGAAGAGCAUGCACAGCAGGUUGAGACUGUACUCUCACUCUUGCGACAGCACAAGUAUAAGGUCAACCUAGAGAAGUGUGAGUUCGGACGUACUAAGAUCUUAUACUUGGGACAUGAAGUAUCCGCGGAAGGAAUUAGGCUGGAAGAUGCGAAGGUGGCUAGUAUUAGGGACUGGCCACGACCUCAGACUGUUACUGAGGUCAGAUCUUUCUUAGGAAUGUGCGGCUACUAUAGAAACUUCGUGAAGAACUAUUCUACAGUCGCCUCUCCUUUGACUGAUCUAACUCGACUUGACACGCUGUGGGACUGGAGUGAUGAGUGUGAGGCUGCUUUCAAACGAUUGAAGCAUGCACUCAUGAAUCAUGAGGUUCUCAUGGUGCCCGAUCCUCAGAAGUCAUUCAUUGUAACCACUGACGCAAGCCAAUACGGCAUUGGCGCAGUGCUGGCUCAGCAGGAUGGGAAGAAGUUGAGACCGAUUGAGUACAUGAGCAAGAAAAUGCCAUCAAAGAAACUGGCAAAGUCCACCUACGAAAGUGAACUCUAUGCUCUUUACAAAACACUUGUUCAUUGGAGGCAUUUCCUGUUGGGACGGUUUUUCUACUUGAGAACUGACCAUCAGACCCUCAAAUGGAUCAAGAUUCAACCGGCUCUCUCUGAUGCACUCAAGCGAUGGAUUGAGGUCAUAGAUCAGUAUGACUUCAAGCUAGAAUAUCUGAAGGGAGAGUACAACAAGGUUGCAGAUGCGUUGUCCCGUAGAGCAGACUACCUAGGGGCGCUAGUUUCUAAGUUUGGUGUAUCUCAGGAAGUAACUCAAUCGUUGGUGGGAGCCUAUCAGGAAGACCCUGUCAUGAUGGACAUCAUACGCAAACUUCAGGCAAAAGAAAAGGCCACAGAAAGUGAAUUUGUGAUGGUGGAUGGGUUACUCUUUCUUGAUAAGGCCGGGUGUAAAAGGAUGUGCCCGUUGGUAAAGAACUUGGACUCUUGACCUGCUUUUCACGUUUCUGAGCCCUGGCGAGAUACCUUUUCAGGCUGCUUUACUUUUACAUGGCCCACG